UCUCCCAUGGACUUAUUUCGUCAUCUCCUUUCGUUCUGCAUCUUCCAGGGUCGGGUCACACCUGUCCUAUUUCCUUUUCGACCAUACCCGAAAAAAUCUGUUAGCAUGGAACUGUGAAAGACAUGAAAUUGCAAUUCAAGAAUCGGGUUGCUUCAUUGCCAGGUGGUAACCAUUUCUUAACCCGAAAGAAUCCUCUACCUUUUCGAGCUCACAAUUUGCCUCAAGCCCUAGAAAUGGUGACUGAAUCGGGUCAUUCAAAGAGACCCAUGUGCCCAUCAUGCUCAAAACCGAUCCGCCUCUGUCUCUGCACCCGACUGAAGACCCCAUGUCUCCAAAACUCCGUGGCUGUCACAAUCCUUCAACACAGUCUAGAGAAAAAACACCCUCUCAAUUCAACAAGAAUUGCUUCUAUAGAGAAGUAUGGUGCAAAUUGUUCCUUUCAGAAUCAAGAUUUGAGUAAGCUAUUUGGCUCUAGAGCAGCUACUGAUGAUAUACGAAAAGGGUUUUUAGUAAAAAAGUUACAGAGAAAGCCAUUGAAUGGGAGCAGUGAGUAUCAAGAAUCGGAGGAGUUUGAAGUUGCAGUUCCUCCAGGGUCAGUGCUGCUUUUUCCAAGUGAAAACUCGAUUGGCAUGGAGGAGAUAGAUUUUGAAGUGAAAAAUCUGAUAGUACUGGAUGGAACAUGGGCAAAGGCAAAGAGAAUGUAUAAUGAGAAUCCUUGGUUAAAGGUGUUGCCACAUGUGAAGUUGGAUGUAGAGAAGCUGAGCUUGUAUAGUGAAGUAAGGCAUCAACCUAGAGCUGGAUAUUUGUCCACAAUUGAGAGCAUUGUAUAUGCUUUGAAAGCUGUUGGGGAAGAAGAUUCUGAAGGAUUGGAUCAUUUGUUGGAUGUAUUUGAGUCCAUGGUUGGAGAUCAGAGGAGAUGCAAGGAUGAUAGACUGAAGCAAAGGCUCUCUAAUUGUGACUAAAAUUUAAAUGAAUGUUCUUAAGUUUGCUGAACUUGAUUUGGAUUGCUAGUUGAGCACAUCCAAUCUUCUUUCUCAAUGAGUAUGCUAGUACAAGGAUUGUUCAAUUUGUGUUGUAUUUUUUUUCAGUGUACUCUGACUCUUGUUGCUUUUGCACUUUGAAGCAGCUAAUGCUCUCAACUAUUUCAAAAUGAA